CAAGUGAAUUUUCAUGGCAGCGGCACUCUAGGGCUGCCAUGGCAGCUGCUGCCGCCGAUGCCUCACACCGUAUUACCGCACUGACGCCGGAGGAAGAAGGACGACGGACUGCCGCCAAGCUGUUUGGGAGCGCUGCCCCGCUGCCACGGAUAGAGAGAGAGAGAGAAAGAGAGGGGGGGAAAGAGAGAGAGAGAGAGAGAGGGAGGGAAGAAGAAGGAGAAGAGGUAGGGAAAGCGUUUGGGAACGAGUGUUUGGUGUGCGGGGCCCUGUUCGCCUCACAGGAGAAGCUCCGACUUCACACCUCGAGUCACACGGGGGAGAAACCCUUCCACUGCUCACAGCCACACUGUCCCAAGGCCUUCAGCUCCAAAUACAAACUCUUCAGGCACAUGGCCACACACUCUCCGCAGAAGACCCAUCAGUGUUCGUUCUGUGAGAAAAUGUUCCACCGCAAAGACCACCUGAAGAACCACCUGCAGACCCAUGACCCCAACAAGGAGGCCUUCAAGUGUGAGGAGUGUGGGAAGCACUACAAUACCAAGCUGGGAUAUAAGCGCCAUGUGGCCAUGCACUCUGCUACAGCAGGGGAUCUCACCUGCAAAGUGUGCAUGCAGAGCUAUGAGAGCACACCCGUGCUCUUGGAGCACCUCAAGAGCCACUCCGGGAAGUCUUCGGGUGGCGCCAAGGAGAAAAAACACCCGUGCGACCACUGUGACCGUCGAUUCUACACACGGAAGGAUGUGAGACGGCACAUGGUGGUCCACACAGGCCGAAAGGACUUCCUAUGCCAGUACUGUGCCCAGCGCUUUGGCAGGAAGGACCAUCUGACACGCCACGUGAAGAAGAGCCACUCGCAGGAGCUGCUGAGGAUCAAGACGGAGCCUCCUGAUAUGUUAGGUCUUUUAGCUUCUGGGUCACCACCUUGCUCUGUGAAGGAGGAGCUCAGCCCCAUGAUGUGCGGCAUGGGUCCCAACAAAGACCCCAUGAUGGGCAAACCGUUCCCAAGUGGGGCCCCUUUUCCGAUGGGCAUGUACAACCCCCACCAUCUCCAGGCCAUGUCUAAUUCUGGGGUGGGUCACCCACACCCGUCCCUGAUGCCUAGUCCCUUGUCUGCUGCUAUCGGCAUGGGCUGUCACAUGGAAUCCCCUGGACCUAUUCACCCACGCUCCCAUCACCACCACCAUCAUCACCACCAUCACCACCACCACCAUUCCCCUCCGCUGCCCACACACCACCAGCCUCCGGCUCCCCAGCAGCAGCACCAGCCCCAGCAAGCCCCCAAAUACCAGCUGGGAUCUACCUCAUACCUGCUGGACAAGCCCUUGAAAGUGGAGAUGGAGAGCUUCCUCAUGGAUCUGCAGAGUGGCUCGCCAGGCCCGGUUCACUCUGUAGAGCCACAUGCUGCUGCCUCACCCCCCAAGGACGGACUGGAGCCCACCUCGGGCCUGGUGGAUGAGCUUUGCGGGGAUCACCUCCUGUCCAAGAGCCCUGCGAUGAUCGCUGAGUCUCUGUGUGCUGCUAACAUGGACUUCUCCCACCUGCUGGGCUUCCUGCCCCUCAACCUGCCUCCCUACAGUGCCCCCAUGAGCACGGGAGGGCUGGUGAUGGGAUACACCUCAUCCGCGACCCCCUCCUCUUCUUCCUCCUCCUCUUCCUCAUCUCUGCACGCUGUCGAGCCCCACGCCGCAGCAGCUGCCACGGCACCUCUUACCUCUUUGCAACCGCAACCUCAGGAGCAGCAGAGCUCCAACGGGGGUCUGGGCCUCGGACCCCUGCACCCCCUCCCACCAGUGUUCAGCUCCAGCCUUAGUACCACCACGCUGCCUCGCUUCCACCAGGCCUUCCAGUGAGAGAGCCAGCUCUCGGCCCAGCCCUGCCCAGCCAGGAUAGGCCUCCAUACCAGCCUCAGCUCAGCUCAGUAUGGAUAUUUUGGGCUGUGGUUCUUUACAGGGCCUGUUGAAGAAGUUGGAGAAUUAGAAUAAUUAAAUACACAAAUGAACACUUAGAAGCCUUAAAUGAAAGUGCACAAAAAGCUUUUGAUUGAGCCUGAAAUGGAAGUUAAACCCCUUUGAGCAAAAAGGAAAAGGUGAGAAAAGAAGUUGAAGCAGCUUUUAUUUGGGCUCCCCCCCUGCCCCCUCCAUCCUAUAGUUAUAACAAUGUAUUAACCCAUCCUUUUAUAUUUCCAUUUAUUUCCCCUUUUAUCCCUCUUCCAUCCCAUAUUUAGUAGUAUAGAGGGCAGGAUCAGUAGGCCAAAAGGCGUGGUACUGCAUACUUUAAGUAAUAAUAUAAAAAAAAAAAAUCAAAGAUAAUUUCUAGUGAAGAUUAUCUGUCUUGUUGUGACCCAGAAAAAAAUAGUUUGAAGUGGAUAUUUUGUUUUACUUUAUUUUUUCUUUUCCAAAUGUAAGAACAUAGUAGAAUGUUUCUCAUCUUGAGUUUUGAACCACCCACUCUAAUAACAUAAACGUCAUGAUCAGUAGAGAGAGCCUCUCCUCUCGCUCUCCCAGUGAAGGAAUGAAGAGAUAUAGACAUUGUGUCAACGAUUGAACCUUAACUCUAGAAUCCUCCUCUAGAUGGCUAGACUAGAGCCACAAAAGCUCCCUCUGCCUCUGAAAAAAAGUGCUCUUUAAACAAGGAAAAAAAAAUUAGAUGUAUGUCCCUAUUGUUUAAUUAACUGUAACUGUGCUCCGAGAGUCAGUUUGGAUGAAAAUAGCUCACUGAAUGAAAAACUCUUAUUAUAUGAUUGAUAAGAGACCUGUUUGCUGCCAAAGGCUGCGUUCACACCAAAUCAGGCGUUGCAGCGAUAUAGGGCAGGGUUGUGUGGUGGUGUGUGGAGUGUCAUUAACACCAAGCGACUGCACAACGAUUCACGUCUUUCGUUCCCUCGUGGUUGGGUUGGACAGCUCGGGAUCGCCAGUUAUGUGAUUGGCCACCGCAGCCUGACGUCGGGUUGUGUUUCUUCAGAAGUUGAUUCUGUUUUAACUUUUAACUGCAGGACCAGGCGGCAAUCUCCAGUUCUGAAAAGUGAAGCCAAUGCUGAAGUGCCUUAAACUUGCAUUCUUCCUAACAGCCAGCAGGGGGCGACUCCUCAAUUUGCUAAAAAUAGUCUGAUUGUAUAGAAGUCUAUGAGAAAAUGAGCCUACUUCUCACUUGA